UACAGACUUGGACAACAACAAGCUCGAAAACAAAAUACUAAACAACAUAGUCAGGAGAAUACCGGGAUGUCUUAUGUAAAUUUCGGCAAUAAUUCUUCAGGAUUAGCUACAGCUUCAUCUCCAGUUAAUGACCAACCAAGAGAAGUUGCAGAGACAUCAAAGUCACAGAUUGAAGUACAUGAUAGAUUAAGUCAGCAACUGGAGGUACAAAAGAAACUACGGAUGAGAAUUGAAGUGCAAGAAAAGUACUUGCAAGCCAUAUUAGACAAAGCCCAAAAGAGCCUUUCACUUGAUAUUAAGAGCAGUGACAAUCCUGAUUUGGCUCUAUCCAAUCUUAUUCAGAAUAUCAAUGCAGAAAACAAGAAAGAAGACAAUGUUAAUGACUUCACAAAUUUUUAUAGCAAGGCAACCUCUUCAUCUUUGCAUAUUAAAAGGGAAGAAAUUAAAUAUUCUAAUCACAAGGCUGAAGGUCUUACAUAUUUAGACUUAAAUACAAUGGAUAACUGUGAUUUUGUUGCUGUAAAUACAUCUGAAUUAUUGAAACUCAACAUGCUUUCAUACAGUAGUUAA